CUACUACACCUACUACACCUACUACAGCUACUACACCUACUACAGCUACUACAGCUACUACAGCUACUACACCUACUACAGUUACUACAGCUACUACAGCUAUUACAGCUACUACAGCUACUACACCUACUACAGCUACUACAGCUACUACACCUACUACACCUACUACACCUACUACAGUUACUACAGCUACUACAGCUACUACAACUACUACAACUACUACACCUACUACACCUACUACGCCUACUACAGCUACUACACCUACUACAGCUACUACAGCUACUACACCUACUACACCUACUACAGCUACUACAGCUACUACACCUACUACAGUUACUACAGCUACUACAGCUACUACAACUACUACAACUACUACACCUACUACACCUACUACGCCUACUACAGCUACUACACCUACUACAGCUACUACAGCUACUACGCCUACUACAGCUACUACCCUACUACACCUACUACAGCUACUACACCUACUACAGUUACUACAGCUACUACAAGGACCCUAAUAGAUAAAUAUGUGCAUUAUCACAAGGAAAAAGUCUACGCUUGUUUCGUAGAUUUCCGCAAAGCGUUUGACUCUGUUUGGCACGAAGGAUUGUUUUAUAAGCUGCUAAAAACGAAUAUAGGAGGAAACUUGUACAACCUCAUGAAAAGUCUUUAUUGCAACUCGACAUGUUCCAUCAAAAUCGGUGAAAACAAAACACAGCCUUUUUCAUAUUCCAGAGGUGUACGUCAAGGCUGUAUUUUAAGCCCUCUUUUAUUUAACCUCUAUUUAAACAAUCUACCACUUUUAUUCGAAAACACCUUAUCUGACCCAUUUGUUCUCCCAAAUGGGAAAAAAAAAUAAAUUCACUUUUGUACGCAGAUGAUUUAGUUAUUCUAUCAAGAUCGAAAACUGGAUUACAGAACUGUUUAAAUGCGCUUUCUUUGUAUUGUGACAAAUGGAAGCUAAAAAAUUAAUCCGAAGAAAAGAAAAAUUAUGAUAUUCCAGAAACGCCCAAAAAAAAUCUAUUGACAUCAAAUUCAACAUAGGCAGUGAGUCAAUUGAAAUUGUCCAAGAAUACACUUAUUUAGGUACACGUUUAACUCAACGGGAAACUUUACACUUGCACUCGAACACUUAAAAGAAAAGGCCCUUCACGCGUUUUCUAGUAUUUGGAAGCGGACAAUUCUUAACAAACUUAAUCCUAAUACUGCAUCCCAAAUUUUUGACACCAUGGUAUUCCCAAUCUUGAGUUACAACAGCGAGGUAUGGGGAAUGUACACCAAGCAAGAUUUUAAAAAAUGGGAUAGCUCCCCAAUAGAAAAAAUCCACCUCAAAUUCUGUAAACGUUACUUAGAGGUUAACAAUAAGGCCUCUAACGUAGCCUGCAGAGCUGAACUUGAUAGACUGCCGCUGCUUAUCCCGAUAAAUCAGAAAAUUAUGAAAUAUUUUGUUUACCUCAACAACAAAGAUAAUGACUCUAUAGUCAAACAGUCUUUCCUUAUGUCAAAGAAUCUACAUUCUAUGAAUAAUUCCGGAUAUUUUUCCAAUUCCAUAAACAUGCUUGAACAAUACAAUCUAACCAGUUUAGAUGCUGAAUCUCUAGAUAAUGAUAAAAUUAGACGAUAUACCACAGAAAUGAGAAAGAAAUAUCUAUCUUUUUGGCGGCACAGCCUCGAAAAUUCAAAAAAACUAGAAUUUUAUAAAAAUUUUAAAGAUGAAUAUUCUACAUCUGAUUAUCUCUACCAGCUAAGACAUUAUGACGAACGACAGAAUUUUGUUAAAUUUAAAACAAGUAAUCACAAACUUAUGAUUGAACAUGGUCGAUACCAAAUCGAUCAUUUGCCAAGAGAAAAUAGAUUAUGUCCUUUAUGUAACUCAAAUCAGGUAGAAGAUGAGAUUCAUUUCCUCUUUCAAUGUAACAAAUACUCAGUACAGAGACAGGCAUUUAUUAAUCAAAUCAAUCGAAUAAUACCUGACUUUGACAAGAAAUCAUCUCCAGGAAGCAUAAAACUGAUAAUGAAUUCGAAGGAACAUCAUGUAAAUAAGUUAGUUAUGAAGUUUGUUUCCUCCUGCAUGAAAAUACGUGAUUCAUCGUUAGUAAUGUAACCGAAUUUUUCUAGAUUAUUAUUAGUGCUGUUUUGUUUUAUAUUUUGAUUGUCAUAUACAUGCUUUUGCAAUACUGUAAAAUGAUGCGGUCAUGCAAAUAAAGCAAUUUAUUACUAUUACUAUUACUACAGCUACUACACCUACUACAGCUACUACAGCUACUACACCUACUACAACUACUACACCGUACUACACCUACUACAGUUACUACAGCUACUACAACUACUACACCUACUACACCGUACUACACCUACUACACCUACUACAGCUACUACACCUACUACAGUUACUACAGCUACUACACCUACUACACCGUACUACACCUACUACACCGUACUACACCUACUACAGCUACUACACCUACUACAGUUACUACAGCUACUACAGCUACUACACCGUACUACACCUACUACAGCUACUACAGCUACUACAGCUACUACGCUUACUACAGCUACUACACCUACUACAGCUACUACAUCUACUACAGCUACUACACCUACUACACCUACUACAGCUACUACACCUACUACAGCUACUACACCUACUACAGCUACUACACCUACUACAGUUACUAGAGCUACUACAGCUACUACACCUACUACACCGUACUACACCUACUACAGCUACUACAGCUACUACGCCUACUACAGCUACUACACUUACUACAGCUACUACACCUACUACAGCUACUACAGCUACUACACCUACUACAGCUACUACAGCUACUACAGCUACUACAGCUACUACAGCUACUACACCUACUACACCUACUACAGCUACUAC